AUGACAGCACUCCUGUUACCUAAAUAUUGGAUUAUGUCACUAGGCACUCUUAUUCGUACAGUCAUCAGGCUGUCAGCCUAUAAUACUCAACCAGCCAUGGGCGAUUUGCCACGAUCCCACUUAACCGAAUGUCACCCUUUCGCCCGUGUAUGGAUCGAUUAUGCGGGGCCGUUGCAGAUGAAAGGACAUCGCCUCCAGAAGUAUAAGGUAUAUGUGGUGGGAUUUGUAUGCAUUGUCGUCAAGGCGGUACAACUCGAGGUCGGAUCUGACCUGUAA